GCCGAGAGAUGGCGGGCACGUUGGCCAGUUUUGCUUUUCGCGCCUUAAUUACCUUAAAUACCUAACCUAUCUUAAAUAUACAAAGCUUUUCAACUUUUUCCGAAGAUAAUAAAAUUGAAGCUUUUGUGCCUGGAAAUAGGCAAACUGCUCGAUCAUUGCUGCCGUUACUCAGCGAGCUGUUCGAGAUCCCGAGUAAUGGAGGAAGUAACGAAAUGUAGAUACAUCGAUUGUGUCGACACACGGGAGAAGGAGCAAAUACUUCACGAACUUCCCGUUUGCGAUACCGGUCUCUGUGUGAGGUGGUUGAUCAACAGUGGUCACGUGGACCUAAUUGGGAGUGAUCUCGAUGUUUUACGGUCUAUGAAGUUUUUCAUCUGCAACAAUCACUUUACGGAUGAUUGCUACCUGAGCAAGGGCACUCUGAAGGAAAAUGCAGUCCCCUCGCCGCAUUGGAGUGCUGUUUCCAGGACAUUGAGGAAUUUGAAAAUACGACGCAAAAUCCAAUUAAACGGGCAAGAAAGUUCUAUGGAGAAGGUAAGCACGGAUCAGGCUGCAGAGAAGAAUGCUCCGUCGGAAUUCGAAGUGGAUCAAUGGUGUAGAACAUGCGCGACCAAGAAGCAGAACCUCGUAAGUAUGACGACCAAGGGGAAAGGGACAGAUAUGAGCCUUCUGUCGAAAUUGAAACUUUUGAUAGAAAUCGACGACGAGGAUGAUUUACCUACGAAAAUGUGCGACGAAUGCGUCGACAAAUUGGAACAGUCCUUCAAGUUUUUCCAACAGAUUUACGUAGCGGACAAUACGCUGCGCCAUGUAUUCCCAAAUACACGGUCGAGCAACGCACCUAGGAAACCUCUGCAUUCCAUAGGCGAGCAUAUGAGAAACGAACAGAGGGAGAAGGAGAAGGAGAAGGAGAAAGAGAAAGAGAAAGAGAAAGAACAAGAACAGAUUCAAGAUCGUGCUCCAAAAGUGACACGUGGUAUAUUUAGACGCGGCCGAGGAAGACCUCGGACCAGAGGUUACGCAGCGAGAGCAAGAGCUAGGCAAAGGUCUGCUCAAAUAUCGUCGGCUACGAAUACAGCUAGCAACGCCAAUAAGACAACUUACGAGAGAAGAAGACCAAACGACCAAAGGUCCGUGUUGAAGAGGGAAGAAGCCGAGUGUGGCACGCACGACGAGGACCAGAGACAAGGCGACACGGUGUUUUCAUUGCUCACCGAUACCUGCCACAGCGACGAGGAACUAAACUGGUCAGACGUGUUGAAACUGAUGAGCGAUCAAAGAUACAAGCACAUGGAGACGGAUGCGGAGGAGGUGGUGGUGCAGCCAAACGAAAUGGCGGCGAAAUUGGCGCCAAGAGAGAAGGAGGAAUUGCGUUGCGAGUUUUGCGACGAAUCGUUCAAACUCGGACGUCAGUUACAGGCACAUUUGUUAAACGAUCAUUCUCAAAUAUCCGGAUACGUGUGCGUAGAUUGUCUAAUUUCUUACGAGACCAAGUCGUUGCUGCUGAAACAUCGUCAUCUGCAUCAUGGAGAUCGAAGGUAUCGCUGCGAGCAUUGCCACCAAGAAUUCCUCGAGAAGAGAGCAGUGAAGGAACACGUGAGGAAAUGCGAGUCGCAAGCGGCCAUCGCGACCCGUUAUUCUUGCGACUCGUGCGAGUCGACCUUCUCGUCGAAGCAACGGCUCAUCGACCACGUCAACGUUCAUCCGGGAACGGAUUUGCCGGCAACGUGUCGCGGCACGCAACUCGUCGACGACAGUCUGCAGCCGGCAGCCGAGAACGAAGAAUUUCAGCCAUCGUCGUCC